GCGCAGGGGGUUUGGUAGCUGGUGGCAGGUUAGAAACGGCAAAGAACUUGUGUAUGGGGAUCUGAAACGUAACAACACGUGGUUUGCUCUCUCUGUCCAGAUUUGUAACACCAAUUUAUCUGUUGUUGAUCCUUGGAGAUGAGGAAUUAUAUCACCCAGCUGGAAAUGUGCUUUGUCUCUGAAAAGAAGUUUUCUGUUUUAACUCAAUCAAGUCCAUUGGAACUGGGGUGCUGAGAAGGACACCAUCAUUUGUUCACUGGAGAUCAGGUCUUCAACUGCAUUGGUUGUACGAGGGAAUCACUACAUCUGACUUUCUGAAUUGUUGGAAAAUUGAUUGCAGGGGGAUAUCAUUCUCCUCUCAUUGUGGGAAGGGAUUCACUCACUCAGCCCACCUGCAGAGACUCUAGUGAGUUUACACCUGGGAGAGGCCAUUCACCUGCUCUGUGUGUGGGAGGGAUCUAGUCAGGCAGCCAGCCUGAAGAUCAUCCAACAAGUUAGUUCCAUAGUGAGAUGAUUCGUCUGUUUUGUGGAAAGUGAUUCAUUCUGUCAUCCAAGCUGAAAAUACAUCAGGAAUUUCACACUGGUGAGAGGCCGUGCACCUGCUCAGACUGUGGGAAGAGAUUCAGUCACUCAGCCCACCACAGACACACCAGUGAGUUCACAAGGGAAAGAGGCCAUUCGACUGUUCCCGUGUAUGAGAAGUGUCAACCGAUCAGCAAAUUCACACUCGGUAUCAGGCAUGACCAAUUGAUACCCCAGUCGGUUCAAACUGAGGAGAAGCUGUUCACCUGCGCAGACUUGGGGGAAGGGAUUCAUUUGGUCAUCUGACAUACUGGCACACCAAUCAGUUCACAUUGAGAAAUGCCAUUCACCUGCUCAGACUGUGGGAAGGGCUUUACUCAGUCAUCUCAACUGAAAGUACAUCAGCGAGUUCACACUGGGGAGAGGCCGUUCACCUGCUCAGACUGUGGGAAGGGAUUCACUCAGUUUUCCCACCUACAGACGCACCAGCGUAUUCACACAGGAGAGCGGCCAUUCACCUGUACUGUGUGUGAGAAGGGAUUCACUCAGUCAUCCCAACUACUGGCACACCAGUCAGUUCACACUGGGGAGAUGCCAUUUACCUGCUUAGACUGCGGGAAGGGAUUUCCUCGGUCAUUUCAACUGAAGGUACAUCAGCGAGUUCACACUGGGGAGAGGCCAUUCACCUGCUCAGACUGUGGGAAGGGAUUCACUCGGUCAUCAAAUCUACAAACACACCAGCGAGUUCACACAGGAGAGAGGCCGUUUAUUUGCUCUGUGUGUGGGAAAGGAUUCACUCGGUCAUCCCACCUACAGACACACCAGUUAGUUCACACUGGAGAGAGGCCGUUCUCCUGCUCAGAGUGUGGGAAGGGAUUUACUCAGUCAUCUCAACUGCUGGCACAUCAGUCAGUUCACACUGGGGAGAAACCAUUCAUCUGCUCAGACUGUGGGAAGGGAUUCACUUCGUCAUCUCAACUGAAGGUACAUCAGAGAAUUCACACUGGGAAGAGGCCGUUUACCUGCUCAGACUGUGGGAAGGGAUUCACUCAGUCAUCCAGCCUACAGACACACCAGUCUGUUCACACUGGGGAGAAACCAUUCACCUGCUCAGACUGUGGGAAGGGAUUCACGCAGUCAUCCCAACUGAAGGUACAUCAGCGAGUUCACACUGGGGAAAGGCCGUUUAUUUGUUCAGACUGUGGGAAGGGUUUCACUUCAUCAUCUCAACUGAAGGUACAUCAGCGAGUUCACACUGGGGAGAGACCAUUCACCUGCUCAGUCUGUGGGAGGGGGUUCACUCAGUCAUCUCAACUACUGGCACAUCAGUCAGUUCACACUGGGGAGAAACCAUUCACCUGCUCAGACUGUGGGAAAGGGUUCACUCAGUCAUCUGACCUACUGGCACACCAGCGAGUUCACACUGGGGAGAGGCCAUUCACCUGCUCGGACUGUGGGAAGGGAUUUACUCACUCAUCCAACCUACAGAGACACCAGUCAAUUCACACUGGGGAGAAACCGUUCACCUGCUCAGACUGUGGGAAAGGAUUCACUCAGUCAUCUGACCUAUUAGCACACCAGCGAGUUCACACUGGGGAGAGGCCAUUCACCUGCUCAGACUGUGGGAAGGGAUUUACUCAGUCAUAUCAACUGAAAGUACAUCAGCGAGUUCACACUGGGGAGAGGCCGUUCACCUGCUCUGAAUGUGGGAAAGGAUUCACCCAGUCAUCCCACCUUCUGGCGCACUACCGAACUCACGCUGGGAAAAAAAUUUAAAUAAGCUGCAUGCCGGAUAUUUAACCAUCACAGUUGCUGCAUCCAGAGGCAAAUCCAAAAGACACUGUUGGUGUUGAACUCAGUAAUUAUUGCUUUUGCUUAUCACACCCAGUUCUAUACCCUGCCCACUGGACAUGAGAGGAGUUUCUUCUGUUGAUGUUCACCUUUAAAGGGAUUAGAGCUUAAUAUUCUGGAUCUGUGACAAAUAAAUCAGUUUUACUUUAAAAUCUGUCUCGGGUACCUAGUGAAUCUACAGCACAGUGUACAGUAGGGAGUUGUUUCACUGGAUCUGCCAGUGUUUCUGUACCACAAAAGUCCCUUUAAAUCCUUCCCUGCUGUCCACCUCUCACUCUCGCUAUGGUUUGGAAUCCAAACAGUACCACUCUGUAGGUUUCCUUUGAAUUUCCUGCAGGACUUUCUGUCAUCUGAAGAUGAUGAUGAGCUGAGUUCAGUCAUGUUUGACACAUUCUUCGUCCCUCAAAUCUCUGGGCUGAGGAAGAAUGAGAUUUGUAGUUAACCUCCUUAUUCCCUGCUCAUUUCAAUAUGAUAUGGUCAUUUUCACUCCUGUAGGGGUGGGUCUUACACAGCUGGGUUCACCACUGUCCUCUUAAAGUCUGAAUGCAGAAUGGGGAACCAUCUGUUCAGUGGAGCAGAGUCAGAAACCAGAGCUAAUUCAGCACUGGGCAGAGUUUGGGGCUCUGGACAGUGGUAGGGGUAAUAACAUAAUGUUGAGCAGAAAACAGAGCAGUGGGCAUGGCAGUGUAGCAACAUUUGUAAGCUGAUUGACAGAAAAAGAUUAGGUUGAUUUUGACUUGACACGCACACACAAUGUCUUGACAUUGAGUGUAUUGCUUGUGGAAGCUUGCUGUGUUGAAUUGUCUACUGCGUUCUCCUAAAAAUAUUGACUGGGUUGGUGCCAUUUGGCAGAGGGGAGGCAAUGCUUGUAAACACUUUUGAAUGGCACUGUUCUUACCCAGAAAUCUCUGAGCUUCAAAAGUUACUGUCACUGUGCCACAGGUGUUGAAAGUCUAAAGUUCUGUCAAAAGGCACGCAUGCGUUCAGUGGAGAAAAGGCUCUGGGUCAUAUAAUGCCUCUUUUAGAUAAGCAGAUGCAUGAUUUUCUACCAAUUGAAGUGGAGCAUUGAGAUUAGGUCUGAUGUCUAGAACCAGCUGAUGUCCAUAGCUCAGUAGACGUAGUUGAGUAGAUAUAAUGAGAAUAGUUGAAAAUGAGGCCUAAAAGAAAGAACUGGGUUCAACAUCCAGUGAAUUAAAAUGUCAGUUAGAGCUGCACAGGAUAUAAAAACUCCUUGUGUCACUUUUUGUUCUUGAGUAAAUCACUUUUGUUGAGCGUCAGCUGGUUCUGGAUCCUUCUGUCAAGUGAGGCCAUUGUUUCUUCUUUUCUGUCUGGGUGUAUGAUGAUAAUGACUACCUCUGUCUUGGGUGACAAGUGACCUGUGGCAUUCAUAUCAUGAUAGUACCAAGCAUUAACAAUCUCUUGAGAAAAUCUAAUCACCUGCCCUUCACAUUCAUUGUCAUUGCCAUUGCUGAGUUCCAAACUGUCAGUCAUCUCAGGGCCACAGUAAUCAGAAAGUCUCCUGGAGCAGUCAUACAAAUGCUGUGUACUCCUGGUAGGGCAGAGGGACAUACCCAGAACUGUUAAGGUCUAGCAAUUGACAGAGACACACUGAGCCAAAUCAUAGACAGAUGAAGGGCAGGAUUGUUCCAUUAUGAUACAGACAGGUGGACAGUCAGGGAACGAUGCUAAGUCCAGAUGCUUGGACUGUGACCAGAUAGAAGAUGAGCAUUUGUUCUCUUAACUUGUGUGGAGCCUCAUUGUGAAGCCAGAGCUCAUCUUGGAGACAAAAACUGUCUCAUCUGAAAUGCUGUCAUCCAUCCAUUAAUGUCUUUUGUAAACUUUUUACACAGCAGAAAAUGAAAAGGAGUUGUGUUUGGCAAUCUCAAACACAACACCUGAUCUGUUCUGGUCUGAAUAUCAGUUCACCACUACUUGAAUACCAUUGAUUUUUUGAAUGUGGUGGUGGAGCUGCUAGAUAGUAUUGAGAUAGAUACCACACCUGGACAUGUGUUGAGUGUAGGGAUGAGAUUUGGAUGAAGCAAUUUGGAGAUAAACCUUGUAAGUUGUCUUUGAAUUAUUUAAGGAGUAAACAGAUGUUUCCUUUGUAACAUCUGCUUUUUAUCUGUGAGGCAAUUUCCUCAGUCACCCUCAACCUGUCAUAAGGGGAUGUGAGACUAGACCCAAUUGCAGGACACAGGCACUGAAGUACUGGGGGCAGGACGGGACAAGCUAAAGGAUAGGACAAGGUGUGGAGACCGUGGCAUUCAGAGAUGAUCUUGGAGCUCAGAGAGAUCUUGAGGCUUGGCUAGAGGCGGGGGUCUCGAGGCUUGGCUAGAGGAUGAGUUCUUGAGGCUGGAGUCUUGGGGCUUGCUUGAGGCUUGGCUAGAGGCAGGGGUCUUGAGGCUUGGCUUGAGGAUGGGUUCUUUGAACUAGGAAUACUGGGAGGAUAGCCCCCUGGGCAGGCCGCAGAACUCCUGAGCAGGGCCCAGACCUCCCAGGCAGGACACAGGGGCCUGGGCAGGUCGCGGGGCACAACCUGUCGGAGGUGAGUGAUAGGAAGGGGCAGAGUCCUCCGCCGGGCUACGGCAAUCUGGCCUGGCUUACCCGAUGGAGGCAAGGAAUAGGAAGGUCCAGGGUGAGUUGAAGACUCGGGCAGGCUAUGGAGCAGCCCAGUCCAUAACUCACUCCCAGAACUCAUCGUUAACAGUGGUACUCCAAGCCGGGACAGACAGAACGACCUCCCCAACUAUACUCAAUCCCAGAGCCCCUUAUAUUCACAGCCAACCGAUAGGCAUCAGGUGUGCCUCCUUGAGCCCAACCAAGUUAAGAUGAUCCUCAGGUGUGACUAUUUGAGUUCAAGGCGAAACGAGGGGUGGUUGAAGGACCUGGAGUCCGUGGACUGGAUCAAGAACUGGAAUGCAGACUUCGGACCCGACUAUAUCACAACCAUUAAGUUCAUGAACUACAGGUGAUAAAUUCGCUCAGUUUCACUUGCCCCAAUACUGAACUGUUCCCAUAAGCUAUGGAUUCCCCUUCAAGGACUCACAUCUCAUGUUCGCAAUAUUUAUUGCUUAUUUGUUUAUUAUUACUUUGUAUUUACAGUGUGUUGCCUUUUGCACAUUGGUUGUUGAUCAUCAUGCUUGGUAAGGUCUUUAAUUGAUUCCACGGUGGUUCUUAAAUUUACUGUGUAUGUUUGCAAGUAAACAAAUCUUGGGGUUGUAUAUGGUGAUGUGUAUGUACUUAGCUAAUAAAUUUAUUUUGAA